AUGCCGAAUCCCCUGCCGGAAAAAACCAAGAAAGAGAAAUGGAAAGAGCGGAAGGGCCGGGGGAGGAGGAUCUGGGAACUCGAAAUCUUGCUUCAAGAGCAGAAAGAAUUAACGCAUCGGCAGACAGAACGGGCGCUGAAAUAUAAGGCUGGGUGUAAGAAGGAGAAGCAGGCAGGCGCGGAGCAGGCCAAGGCGAGUGCGGCAAGGAGAGGAACAACUUAAAGUUGAAUGAAAACGAGCAAUACCUGCCCCGCGUGGCCCCCAUUGUUGCCCCAGUGGUGUUUCAGGCCCUUUAUGCCAAGGUUUAGUUGGCCCAUCGGGAGGUAAACAUGAAAAACGGGCAGUGUGGAUCCGAAACCUUCAGGAGAGGUUUCGGGAGUUUGGGUAUGAGAAGGCUGAGGAAGUGGAUAGUUUGGCGGAUAUGGUAAGUGUGCAUUCUUUUGUACAUGGGGGGGUCGUUAAAAAUUGGAAAACAUAACCCUUGUCUCCACCGGGAUUUUUGUGGGGUUGGGAGAAAUGGUUUUCCGGAUUUUACUGACCCCCCCAAGUGUGUGUUGGACAUCGUACUGGUAUUAACUGUGAUCGUUAGUGGGCUGGUGUGAUGCAGGCCAGGAGCACGGCUGCUCACCAAGUAAUGGGUGAGGAUGUCAUUGUUCUGCCCCAUUGCGAAGCUGCACUGCGGGAAGUGAUGGAGCGUGGGUUUAAGUUUCUCUGGGGAAUAUCAGCAAAUUCCUGGAGUGAGGCUACCCCAGAGCAGAAAUCCCUCACCUUCUGCUUUUGA